GAAUCGUUCUUGCAUCAGGAGACAGGUGUCGAGGAGGAGGCGAUCCUGGCAUAUCUAUCCGACGGAAAGCGACUAAGGAAUGAUAACUUGCGGGAACUGGCUGGCGCCCAGGACCAGACGAUAUUUGUGUUCAACAAGUAUUACUUGGAUCUGGACUUGGACGAAGUGCUGAACGAGUUGAGGGUAGAGCCUUCUCUGCAGGCUCCUUUAGAAGACGCGAUAGCUGCAACGCCCCCCGUCCGUUAUACUGAACUUGCCACAUCCUGCGUGCGGAUAGCUCAGGAUCACCGCGAUGAGGUAACCCACACGCUAUCGACACUCCGGUACCAACAUGAAGCACUGCGAAUAGCCUCUGACAGCCUAGACCUGAAUGUGCUUGCCAUUGCAGAGGCGUUUGACAGCAUUGCGGUCGGGGCGCGGCAGGAGCUGGACAAACAGGCUUCUCUCUUGUCAGGGAUAGACGCUGACCUGGACAUGGUGAGCCGUGUGCAAGUGCACGUGGAGUUUCUCUCCCCCGGGGUGCGAAGGGCGAUUGAGUCCGGCGAGAGAAGGAGGACUUUGGGAGACUAUGUUGCGAGUAAGAAGAUGCAGCAGGUGGCGGAGACGUGCAGGCGCACCCAUGAGGACCUGCAGAGCCGGUUCGAGCAAGCACAGGCUGCGAUGACCAGGUUGCAGCAAGGGGCGGACGACGUCAGGGCGUUUGUGACCGACAUGAGCCUCCUAGAUAAUGCAGAAUCGUCUUCGCGUGCCGCUCAAGACAUCUUUGACAAGAUAACCGAUGCGGCAGCUGCACUCGAGAGCCCCGCCUCCAAUCAGGAGCGCCUUGUGCAAGAACUGAGACAGUUAGACGCUAGACUGCGCGACCAGGUCGUCGCGCUGACAAGCUUCAAGAACACACAUACGGCGACAUGUAUACGCGCACUCCGGCGAAUCAGUACACUGAACAACGAUCUGGUACAGCUGCCCGCAACGCUGACGUCCCUGCAAGCGAG